AUGACCGCAGAUCACGCCCGACUGCUCAAACUGCACGAUCGUCGCCGGCUCCUCCGGCUUCAAGGAAAGUCUCCCUCCGCCAAAACCGGCACAGAAAACGGCGCAGUUAGGGCGGGAACAGGGGAUUGGACGAUCAGUGCAAACGUGGGGAACAUAUCUCUGGCCGAAGGGACGGUGACGGAAGUGGGAGGCGGAGCGUUCUACCAGCUAGGAGGCAAUAUGGAGAUGACUAUAGCGGGCCUCUAUUGGGCGGAGGUGCAGCUCGGGCAGCCCGUGCAAAAGUUUAAGGUUCAGAUUGACACGGGCAGUGACGUCAUGUGGGUCACCUGCGCGCCCUGCCUCGCCUGUCCGGUCGCUUCCACAGUGGUCCUUUCCCCGCCGUACGACAUUACCAAGUCGUCAACAGCUCAGGUGGUUGAUUGCGGCACCUCCACCUGCUCGGCGCUGCAGCAAACCAGACGAACCCUCGGGCAGGGAUGCCUGGACAUCUUGUAUCCCAACUCAGGGGACCCGCGGUGCUACUACGGCAUCCAGUACGCCGACAAUUCCAGCAGCACCGGCUACUUGGUUAAAGACCGGCUUACCUUCUCUACUUUGGGCGGUGAUCCCGCUUCUAUGGACUACCUGUUUGGCUGCGGGUUCAAGCAGUCGGGCAACCUGGUAUCGGGCAACCACCUAGUAGACGGGGUGAUGGGGCUCAACAUGGGGGCGCUCUCCAUGCUCACUCAGAUGCAGGUGGCACGCAAGACCAACGGCGUGUUUGCGCACUGUCUAGGGGGCGAGGAGCUCGGUGGUGGGAGUCUCAUUUUCGGCACAGUUCUGGAGGAUGGGCUGCUGUACACGAGUCUACUGGACGAUAGAUCACAUUAUUAUGUCCAGUUGAACGGCAUCUCAGUGGGGGGGCAGCGCCUGCCAGGCAUCGACCAGUCGUCCUUCUCCUCGCAGCCGGACGUGUUUGGCGGCUCGGGCAGCCUGCAGGCGGGAGGGGUGAUCAUGGACAGCGGCACCACCCUCGCCAUGUUCCCCACUCCGAUUUACAACACGUGGCUGGACGCGGUUACUUCUCUCAUCACCUUGCCCCAAGUGGGCGCCACGUCAGACUUCCUCUGCUACGACUUUGGCUCCAACAAGUAUGAGGAACUUUCCAAGUACUUUCCGACGGUGACUCUGCAUUUCGAGGGGGCAGACAUGACCGUUGAACCCCCCGGCUAUGUCUUCCUGCACUCAAAUGGGGUGGUCAUGGCUGCGUGCAUAGGAUGGCAACCCAUGCUUGGAGGAGACUUUUCCAAGAUUACUGUCAUUGGAGACAUAGUCCUGCGCAACCAUCUCGUUGUGUAUGACACGGAUAACAUGAAGCUCGGAUGGGCUCCCUACGACUGUUCCGUGGGAACGAUCACAGCCGAUGGAGGGGAAUACAACGUCACCAUUAUUGUGGGAGCCAAUCUCUCCCCGCCGCCACCGGUCAAGUCGUCCGCCUCUGCGGCUCGGCGCCCCACUUUCAUGCUCUCGUUACUAGCUGCUGCGCUAACAUCUGCAGUGCUUUUCCUCGGCGCUGGUGGAGAGGGUUUGCUAGAAGAGAACGAGUCUUCUUUUCAGCGAGGGCCAGCAGCAGUAGCAGUAAUGGAGGCAUCUGGAAGCAGUGGUUUACCGCUCUCUCUCGCUUCUCCGCAUCUCUCCGCCAUUUGCGCGCUGCAGUACCCAAGCGUAUCCUCCGUCCCGCAUAUUUUUUCCCACAUGGAUGAGUCGGAUUUUCUUAAAGCCCUGGCGCUUUACCCAGUAGUUCGCUCGCGUGACUACAACGAAAACGAUCUCCCGGCCACCGCUGCUUCUGCUUCCUCCCACGCAUCUGAAUCCCAGCGCGGUAAUCCCAAGCAAGUCAGUUUACUUGCAGAGGGAGUUUCCGGGCAGCAACCCGAGACAGGUGAAGCGAAUCUAGGGCUUGGGGGAACGGCUCCUACUCCUUCUAGGUCGUUUUGGGAGGUGCUGCAGGAGCGAGUGGCGGCGCACUUGCCGCCGGGAGAUGCGGUGGCGCUUUGCAACGCGUUGAAAGAGUUUCACGAGGAGCUUAUUCAGCAGAGAUUGUCGCUGGAUGACAUUAGGAGGAUUGCUAAGCAUGGGAAGCUGCUGGAAGUGAAGUGA